AUGCAGACGGGGUAUAGGUUCGUAAUGGGCAUCAAGAUCAACAGCGUCAAGUUCCAGGAGUCUGGUUUCACGAUCGAGGCCGCUGAGCUUUGCCAGCUGCUCAAGCAGCACAAGUGUAACUUCUUCGAGCUCGGAGGGGACAUGUACGAUCAGACGGCAUGGCAUCACCGCAGUGGAAGUACAAAGGCCCGCGAGGCAGUCUUCCUCGAGUUCGCAGAGAAGAUUGCGCCGCACCUAAGCGGGACCAGGACCUUUGUCACAGGCGGUGUUCGCUCAGUCAGUGCCAUGUUCCACCUUGGACAGGCCAGACUCGAGGGUGUCGGUAUCGGACGGCCUGCUUGCUUGGCCUUGGAACUGCGCUGGCGGGGGCACGGACCCGACAGAUGGGCUGCAACGAGGAGUAAUUGGAUCUUUCUCACCAGAGGUCGGCGGAUGACCUAUUGA